CGGUCCUCAGUGGCACACCUUGGCCAUGAAACCACUGCGGUGCCCUCUUCAGCUGAUACGGACGACAAGCACUUCCCACAAUGCGCUCUCGUCACCCAUGCAGGCAUCGCAGCCAUUUCUGCUUGGAAAAGGCUGUAUCCUGCACAUGCAACCGUCGGUUGUCCUGAUUGGCUGAUAACACAAACACAACACCACGGCUAUUGUGGUGUAUAAACCACGUCUCCGCAUUUCUGGAAUUGCUGCUACAGACAGUAGCACAUCACCGAUAUGGCCAGGUUCCGGCCCAUCGCGGUCAUCCGCGAAACAUGGAAGAUCUACACACCCAUCGAGCGGCGAAAUAUUGCCAUAUACAUCGCCGGUAUCAUGAUGUACAAAUUCGGACUUGAGGCAUUCAACGGCUCGAUUAUUGCACUUGCAACAAAUCGUUAUGAUGAGCUCGAGAAGCGGACCCAUAUCUCCAUUACGUUCCAACGAGUCGGCAUUUUGACCGGUCUGAACCAGGCUUUCCAGUGCGUAGGAUCAAUUCUCAUAUCCCCGCUGAUCAAGAGAUACCCAACAAAAAACGUUCUGGCUUGCGCCAUCCUGAUCUUCGGAGUGAUGAGUAGCGUACUUCUCAUCCUGGACGCAGCAACUGGUGGCAGGUUUGUCCCGAAAGGACACCCUGACAAAGAUUUCAGCUACUACGGAGACUACAAUACUGACGGCAUGAUUCCAAUCUAUUGUGUGUGCGGUGUUGUUUAUGGCAUGGUAGAACUCAUUCGACGAGUUAUCCCUCGAGAUCUCGUGGGCGGCAAUGUUCAGAAGCUGCGACGUAUGGAUUCGCUUGUCCACAUCUUCUACGAAGUCUCUGGCACAGCAGGUGCGUUCUGCACAGCGCUUGCUCUGAUCCCGCACUUCGGCAACAACUUCUCUUUCAUAAUCACGCCAAUAUUCUUCGCCGCAGCCUCUUUUCUCUGGUACUUUAUUCAAGAAGCAGGACCUCCAGUCGAAAACAGUUUGUUCCUUGAAGGCCAGCCAACAUAUGUCAAGGCUGUCGGAAGCGGCUUCUACUUGUUCUUCGAAUCGAUCUGGACGGGUGGCAAGAUCAUAUUUACACACCGAAAGUUUAUAUGGCUGCUUCCUGGUUACGCAGUCGCGCUCUAUGGCCACCGCUAUCUCGAGAACGCAAUCGCACCCGCAAUCGCUCGCCGAUAUCUCGGUAAUUCAGCUUGGGCACAAAUCAUGGUUGGUGGAUCGAACUUUGGUGAACUGCUUGGUGCGCUGUUCGUGUUCAUGUUUACGAAUCUUGUACAAACGCCAAUGCCCUGGCUGCGCGUCGACGCCCUAGCGCUUCUGAUCGUUUGGUAUUUGCCAUUCUGGCACCCACCGCAGGGCGAUGUGGGACAGGCAUGGAUCGUUGCAGCGACGUUCCUUCCUAUCAGUUUCGGUUGGGCGGCCGGUGAUGUGUCGCUUGCCGCAUACAUUCAAGCUUCUCUUGCGCGCCUCGAAUCGGACACGAAGAAUGUAUCAGCCUUGGGCGCCGUGAUGGCUUUCCUCUACAGCUCAUACAUCGUUACCUAUGCCAUUGCAUCAGUAUGCUUGGGCACGUAUAUUGAUCGCGUAUCUUCCGCGAACGAUGAACACAUUCAGCCUGCGAUUCAGAAUGUUGCUGGCAUUCAAUUCACUAUCAUCGCAGCACUUGUCAUGACGAGUACGUUCGUACCCAAGGGGGCGUUUGCCUUGAAUCCUAAGAUGCUCAGCGAAGAAGCGCUAGACACAGAUCUUGAGGAUGAGGAUUUGGAGUAUGUGCCUGGCGUGCACUCGAGGAAAAAGCACAGCGAGGAUAGCCAUGAGAUGGUGAGCAGAGUCAGCACCAUGUAGUAAUUCUCCUGUACCAAUACCUUCAAUUAGCAACAAAAGCCGAUACCCAAAUUUCAUCGCAUCUCAUUCCCACCCACCCUACCUUCGAUCUCACAGGUUUCGAAACCUCCAGGAUGACUAUUAUGAUCAUCGGU